AUGUCAUGUUUGUGUCUUAACGUGAAGAACAAGGCAUUGCAAAAAAUGAGCAAAGAACAAAGCAGUACCGUUUUUAGGGCAUGGGAGGCCACAAUACGCAAGACACAAGCUGCAAAGAAACGAGCAAAUAGCAUCUUUGGCACAAUCUCUAUAGCUCACGCCGAAGAUGACGACGACGACGACAAUGAUGGUAGAAACUUGGCGGAGCCUUACCAUGCUGAGAAAAUUUUGCCUAAUGGAGAUUAUUAUACAGGGCAAUGGUAUGAUAAUUUCCCUAACGGACAAGGCAAAUAUUUAUGGACCGAUGGGUGCAUGUACGUCGGAGAGUGGUACAAGGGCAAAACGAUGGGGAGAGGAAGGUUUAGUUGGCCUUCUGGGGCUACUUAUGAGGGAGAAUUUAAGAGUGGAUAUAUGGAUGGGAUUGGUACGUAUACCGGGUCUAAUGGUGCAACGUAUAGAGGACAAUGGGUUAUGAACAUGAAACAUGGUCAUGGUUUGAAGCAUUUUUCGAAUGGAGAUUGGUAUGAUGGCGAAUGGCGCCGUGGAUUUCAAGAGGGAAGUGGGAAAUAUGAAUGGAAAAAUGGUAACCAUUAUAUAGGUGAGUGGAAGAACGGUUUGAUGUGUGGUAAAGGAGCUUUUGUGUGGACAAAUGGGAAUAGGUUUGAUGGGUAUUGGGAAGAUGGCUUGCCUAAAGGUAAUGGAACAUUCAAACGUCAUGAUGGGAGUUUUUAUGUGGGAAAUUGGAGUAAGGAUCCAAGUGAACAAAACGGGACUUAUUAUCCUUCAGAGUCAUCAGUACAAGAAGAUCUUGAAUGGGAUCCUCAGGAUGUGUACAAGGUUCAUUUGGCUGAUGCUCAAGUUUGUCCUGGGGAGAAGGUUUCGAUAUUGCCAUCACAGAAGAAGCUUGCAGUUUGGAAUUCAUCAAAAGGCGGUGGUGGAGAGAAGCCUAGGAGGAUGUCUGUUGAUGGGAGGGUAAGUGUGGGGAUAGAGAGGGCAUCUGAUAGAAUGAAUAUGUUGGAGGGAGAGGAUAAUAAUGUCGGUGAUCGUGGGAGAUUUUCGGAUGCUGAUUUGUUGGGUUUACAAGCCGAGGAAGGGAUUCCGAGGGGGAUGCCAAUGCGAGUACCAAGAGCUUCCAAGAGACAAGGAGAGACAAUAUCCAAAGGGCAUAGGAAUUAUGAUCUUAUGCUCAAUCUUCAGCUAGGAAUCAGACAUUCUGUUGGAAGGCCUGCUCCAAUUGCGUCCCUUGACCUGAAGGCUUCGGCUUUUGAUCCUAAGGAAAAAGUAUGGACCAGAUUUCCUCCAGAAGGAAGCAAGUACACUCCGCCGCACCAGUCAACUGAAUUCAAAUGGAAGGACUACUGCCCAUUGGUUUUCAGGACUCUGAGGAAGUUGUUUAAGGUGGACCCUGCUGAUUACAUGCUGUCCAUCUGCGGAAAUGAUGCGCUUCGCGAACUCUCAUCUCCUGGAAAAAGUGGUAGCUUUUUUUACUUGACAAAUGAUGACCGAUAUAUGAUAAAGACAAUGAAAAAAUCAGAAGCAAAAGUGCUUAUAAGGAUGCUUCCUGCCUAUUACAACCAUUUCAGAUCCUAUGAGAACACCUUACUGACCAAAUUUUAUGGUCUGCAUUGUGUUAAGUUAAAUGGGCCUGCUCAGAAGAAGGUACGCUUCAUUAUCAUGGGAAAUCUCUUCUGUUCUGAAUAUACCAUUCACAGACGCUUCGACUUGAAAGGAUCUUCCCUUGGUCGAACAACGGAUAAACCUGAGUCAGAGAUUGAAGCAACCACUAUCCUUAAAGACCUUGAUUUGAACUUCAUAUUCAGACUACAGAAAGCUUGGUUUCAAGAGUUUUGCAGGCAAGUGGAUAGGGACUGUGAGCUUCUUGAACAGGAGAGAAUUAUGGACUAUAGUCUUUUGGUGGGUCUUCAUUUUAGAGAAGUAUCACAAAAUGGAGAUCUGAUUCCCUCCGGACCUACAGGCGAAUCUGAAAGUGACGAUGGACCUCGCCUUUCGAGAGCAGAUAUGGAUCAGCUUCUUCUAGACCCUGCCAUGUGGUCUCGAAUCAAACUGGGCAUAAACAUGCCAGCGCGAGCUGAAAGAACUGUAAGAAGAAAUGACAGUGAAUUUCUGCUUGUAGGAGAACCAACUGGAGAGCUUUAUGAAGUUGUAAUGUUCUUUGGUAUAAUUGACAUACUUCAAGACUAUGACAUUAGCAAGAAGCUAGAGCAUGCAUAUAAGUCCAUCCAGUAUGAUCCAACUUCAAUAUCAGCUGUCGAUCCAAAGCAAUAUUCGAGGCGAUUUCGUGAUUUCUUAUUCAAAAUUUUUGAAGAAGAAACUUGA